CGUCACGUCAGUGAGAUUUCGUGCGUAAUGUCGGGGGGUCGUAGAACGCGAUAAUUUGAUUUUUUGUCUUGUGAUUCCCACUAUUUAGUAUUAUAAUCAACUAUAUACUUAGUCUAGGUGUGAAUAUGUAGAAAAUAAGAACAAUAAUUGAGUUUAAGUCUUUUAUCCAGUCUGCCUUACAGUGAAAUAGUGACUAUCCUAUCAAAAAAUGACGUCUCCUGGGCCGUCGAAUUCAUUCCAACAGUCUUCAGCAGCUUCAGUACAGGAGUUCAAGAUCCGAGUUCCUAAGAAUGUGAAGAAGAAACACCAUGUAAUGCGGUUUAAUGCCACACUGAAUGUGGACUUUGCAAAAUGGUCCCACGUCAAAAUGGAGCGAGAGAAUAACAUCAAGGAAUUUAAAGGACUUGACGAGGAUAUGCCUAAAUUUGGCGCUGGUUCAGAGUACGGUCGCGAUGUUCGCGAGGAGGCGCGCCGCAAGAAGUUCGGCAUCAUCUCGCGCAAGUACAAGCCUGAAGACCAGCCCUGGAUACUUAAAGUGGGCGGCAAGACUGGCAAGAAGUUCAAAGGUAUCCGCGAGGGCGGCGUGUCUGAGCACGCGGCGUACUAUGUGUUCACUCACGCGGCUGACGGCGCUAUUGACGCCUACCCGCUUCAAGAAUGGUACAACUUCCAGCCCAUACAACGGUACAAAGCAUUAUCUGCUGAAGAAGCUGAUGAGGAAUUCGGAAGACGCAACAAAGUGCUGAACUACUUCUCGCUGAUGUUCCGCAAGCGCAUGCGCGGCGACGACGCGGCCGACGACGCUGAUGACCCCGACGAGAAGAAACCUAAAGGCGCUAAGGCUAAGAAGGAUCUAAAGCUAUCGGAGAUGGACGAGUGGAUAGACUCGGACGACGACUCGUCCAACUCGGAGAACGACAAGGAGAAGGACAACGACAGUGACUCCGGCGCUAACAAGAAGAAGAAUAAAAAGAAAGCUGCCGCAGCAAACAAAAAGAAGAAGAAAGUAGAGUUCGAGGCAUUCGAAGAGAGUGACGACGGAGACGAGGAGGGAAGAGAGAGGGACUACAUAUCUGACUCAUCGGAGAGUGAUUCGGACCACGAGACCAAAGCUAAUAAGGAGCUCAAAGGUGUUGCUGAGGAAGACGCGCUCAGGAAACUCCUGGCGUCUGACGAGGACUCUGAAGAGGAACAGGAGAACAAAGAGAAGGAGGAGGAAGAGCAAGAGGACGAACCCACCAAGGAGGGCGAGGAGCGAGCCAGCAAGCUCACCAAGAAGAAAAAGAGUAAACCUGAUGAUAAUAAGAAAGAUUCGAGCAGCGAGUUGAGUUCAGAUUCAGACACGGACAUAGAGAGCAACACCACGGCGAAGAAACCCAAGAAGUCCAAGAGCGGGAACGAUAAGAACGGGCCGGCUGCUAGCACAUCAGCAGCGGGCAGCGCGAACACGUCUCGCUCGGGCACGCCGACGCCGUCGGCGGCCGCGGCGGCGGUAGCGGCCGCCAACGCCGCCGCCACCGCGCCGCCGGCCAAGCGGGCCAAACUCGAUGCUUCUUAUACCGAAAACGGUGUAACAGAAGAAGCGGUCCGUAGAUACCUCGCCCGCAAACCUAUGACAGCCAUCGAACUCCUCACGAAAUUCAAGUCCAAACGCAUGGGAGUCAGCUCCGACCGCCUCGUGGAGACCAUGACUCAGAUCCUCAAGAGAAUCAACCCCGUCAAACAGAAUAUUAACGGCAAAAUGUACCUUAGUAUAAAUAACACGUGAUUAUUCAUUAGACAAAUAUAUUUUUAAUAGCAGA